AUGGGUAACCAAAUAGCAUCAAAAGUGUUUUACAAAAAUAACGAUAGGAAAGAAAAUGUUGCGGAAGACAUAAAACAUUACGAAGACGAAAACAAUAAAAGGGAAAAUGGCCGAUUCCCGCCUGGCGAAUUGCCAAAAGGGGAGAAGUGGCAAAAGACAGAUGAGCAAUUCAAGCAGAGGUUGUCACAGACAACUGCGCAAAAUAACCCGGAAGAAAAUUUUAAAAAUAACGAAAUAGAAAAAAUAAAGCAAGAGAAUUUUUACAUGUUUGAUGAAAGCUUGAAUUCAAAUGACGUUAAACAUCCAUGCCAUGCUCAGUGGUUUUUAUUUUGGGUAUUUGCGUCUUAUUUGAACGAAAAAUUCUCCGACACUGAGCGGGAAUAUGUUCAUUCAUUUUAUUCAAAUUUCCCUGAGCAGUGUAUAAAAGGAAAGGGGAAAAAUUGCUUUCUUGAAUUUUCAAAAAUAUACCCCAUCAGAGCAGGGACUAGGGAAGAGCUCAUGACAUGGUUACAAAUGUGCGAGAAUUAUUGCAGACAGAAAGCUGAUUUACCUGUAAAAAUAUUUAGUUACAAGAAGUUGUUAAAAAGGUGGAGAUACGAUGAUGAUUAUAUUUAG